AUGCCUCUUGGAGAGGAUGGAAAUGGAUGGAAAAAGAAGACAUCAGACAUCAAAGAAAAUUAUGACUUCAAAGAAGUGCUGGGAACGGGAGCUUUCUCAGAGGUGGUUUUAGCAGAGGAGAAGAGGACCCAGAGGCUGGUAGCCAUCAAGUGCAUCCCCAAGAAAGCAUUGGAAGGCAAAGAGAACAACAUUGAAAAUGAGAUUGCAGUACUACACAGAAUCAAGCAUCCCAACAUUGUUUCGCUGGAGGACAUCUUUGAAAGUACAUCUCAUCUAUAUCUUGUCAUGCAGCUGGUAUCUGGAGGCGAGCUGUUUGACAGGAUCGUGGAGAAAGGCUUCUACACGGAGAGAGAUGCCAGCCAGCUCAUCCAUCAGAUCUUGGAUGCAGUCAAAUAUCUCCAUGAUAUGGGGAUCGUCCACAGAGACUUGAAGCCGGAGAAUUUGCUGUAUUACAGCAUGGACGAAGACUCCAAGAUUAUGAUCAGUGACUUCGGACUGUCAAAGAUUGAGGGAGCGGGCAGCGUUAUGUCCACAGCCUGCGGUACUCCUGGUUAUGUGGCUCCUGAAGUGCUCGCUCAGAAGCCGUACAGCAAAGCAGUGGAUUGCUGGUCCAUAGGAGUUAUUUCUUAUAUUCUGUUAUGUGGAUAUCCUCCAUUCUACGAUGAAAAUGAUGCCAAGCUGUUUGAGCAGAUCCUGAAAGCAGAGUAUGAGUUUGACUCUCCGUACUGGGAUGACAUCUCAGAUUCAGCCAAAGACUUCAUUUGUCACCUGAUGGAAAAAGAUCCUUUGAAAAGAUAUACAUGUGAGCAGGCCCUCCAACAUCCAUGGAUCUGUGGAGACACAGCUCUGGACAAGAAUAUCCACGAAUCUGUCAGCGCUCAGAUCAAGAAGAACUUUGCCAAAAGUAAAUGGAAGCAAGCGUUUAAUGCCACAGCGGUGGUUCGCCACAUGCGCAAGUUGCAGCUGGGCACUAGUCUCGAGGGACCCAGUCAGAUUACUCCCACCAGUCCCUGCCAUGGACAUCUGCUCCCAGAGGAAGAGGAGGAGGAGGAGGAUGAUGAUUUGGGGAAUGGGGAGGAGGAGAGCUUGUCCCACUACGAGGACGGUCGCCGUGGAAGCACAGAGGGCAGCACGGAUCGGGACAGCCUGAGAAGCUGCACCUACUGCUGCAGGCCAGCCAGUCGUGUCUGAGCACAACCUCUCGUUGUCACGGUGACAUUGUAUCCCUGGAGCCCCGAGCCCACCCGCCCAGUCUGGCCAGGAAAUGCAGAGUAGUUAUCAGGCAGUGUCCACCAGAGUUCAUCCACAGUGAGCCCGUUAAUGUCACAGUGUGGAGAAACAUGCUGUAAGUCUUUGUUCAAAUCCACAUCCUGACUCGAGAUACCAACGUUUUAACUUUGUUACGGAACAUGUAUGCAAGGCUUCUCCAAGUGGAUAGAGAGUUCAUGAUAUGAUUUUCUCUUUUA